GUGACGUUAACCGGUGAAAGUUGAAACAAGGAAGAAGGGUGUAUGUAGCCUUCUGUAUGUAACUGAAUGUCAGACGAAUAAAACAAUAGGGUGCUGCAAAUUAUUCAGAAACGUACUCUAUAACGUUACAAUUCUUGAAUUGUCAUCGAAAUAUUUUAAGAAUGGAUUUAAACAGUAUCCUGUCAAAGAUCGAGACUAACAAUGAAGAGGAAAUUAAAAGGCUUUUGCACCAGUACAACGUAGAGAAUAGUCGCACAUUCACCUUUGAUCCAAAAGAGGAGGACCUACGAAGUAGGCUGUGUCAGGGUCUGCUGACUGUGCUGGGGAGGCAGGUUGGGUCCUGCUGCCAGAGCACCUGCCUGGAGACCCUUCGCAUCCUGUCCCGGGACAAGCGGGUCCUGGGCCCUGUGGGCACCCGGGAGGGCAUGCUGGUCCUGGCCGGGCUGGCUCGGCUGCAGGCGGGAGAGGAGGGAGGUGACAGUCUGCAAGAGGAUGCCCAGACAGAGGAGGAAGAGAGGGUGGUGGUGGAGGCCCUUAAGUGCCUGUGUAACGUGGUGUUUAACAGCGUGGCGGCACAGCAGGUGGGUGCCGACGUGCAGCUGGCACGUGGUCUGUGUGCCCGCCUGCACGCCGCCCAUGCCGGGUGUCACGAGGUGGGCCUGUUCUCCCUGCGCCUGCUCUUCCUGCUCUCGGCUCUGCGGCCAGACGUCCGGGGGGGGCUCCAGAAGGAGCUGCAUGCCGUGGGGCUCCUCACAGAGGUGCUGGAGCGUACCCUGGACCUACGCUGGGUGGGCCCCUACGAGGUGGCCCAUCCAGGCCUCCAGGCCUUGCCUAUCCCUGCUGAAGACAACGAGAGGGCCAUGGAGGCCCUGAAAGCCUUGUUCAACCUUACGCUGUCUGACACUAGCGAUGAGGGUGGUGACCACCAGCUCCGCCUUGUCACCGCCAUCAUGCGCCAUCUAUUGAUGCUUAAGACUCAGACAGAGGACAAAACAGAGGAAGCACACAGCCAUGCCAUCAAUCUGCUGAGUAACCUGCCAGUGUCAUGUCUGGAUGUGCUGAUUGACUUGCCGGUCCAGGGGGGCCAGGAGGAGUACAGCGGGAAGAACAUGGACGCUGUGCAGGUGCUACUGGACUUUAUGGAGAAGAGGAUAGACAAGCAGGGUGCCAACUACAAAGAGGGGCUGACCCCAGUGCUCAGCCUGCUGACCGAGGGUUCCAGGUACCACAGGGAGAUCCGCAGAUACAUCAAGACACAGGUGCUGCCUCCGCUGAAGGAGGUCAAGGUCAGGCCGGAGAUAGGGUCCACCGUUAGGAACAAGCUGGUGCGCCUCAUGACCCACGUGGACAUGGGCGUGAAGCAGAGCGCUGCAGAGUUCCUCUUCGUCCUCUGCAAAGAGAGUGUGGACCACCUGUUGAAAUACACUGGGUAUGGUAAUGCAGCAGGACUCCUGGUGGCUCGAGGCCUGCUGGCAGGGGGGCGAGGAGAGACUCUGUACUCCGACGACGAAGACUCUGACACCGAAGAGUACAAAUCGGCUAAACCUUUCAUCAACCCCAUCACGGGUCACGUGGAGGAGCCCAUGCCUAACCCCAUCGAAGACAUGACUGAGGAGCAGAAAGAGUACGAGGCCCAGAAAUUGGUCAACAUGUUUGACAAGUUGUCAAGGCAGCAGCUGAUCAGACCAAUGGGGGUGAGGAGGGACGGCACACUGGCACCCCUAGAGGAGGCUCUUAGACAGCCCACGGCUGACAGCUCAGACUCCGACUAGAGCCACGACGACACAGAUCAGACCACCCUACACAGUGCCCUCAAAGUAUUCAUACCCUUUUACUUAUUCAACAUUUCGUUGUUACAGCCUGAAUUCAAAAUGGAUUGAAUAUCAUUUAUUUUUCAACCAGCUACACACAAAACCUCAUAAUGACAAAGUGAAAUAAAGGUUCUUAACAUUUUUGCAAAUUUAUUGAAAAUACAGAAAUAUUUAAUUUACAUAAGUAUUCACACCCCGGAGUCAAUAGAUGUUAUAAUCACCUUUGGCAGCAAUUACAGCUGUCUGUAAGAGCUUUGCACACCUGGAUUGUGCAACAUUUGCCCAUUAUCCUUUUCAAAAUGGUUCAAGCUCAGUCAAAUUGGUUGUUGAUCAUUACUAAACAAACAUAGAUUUUCAAGCAGCUUUAAGUCAAAACUGUAACUCUGCUACUCAGGAACAUUCACUGUCUUCUUGGAAAAGCAACUCCAGUGUAGAUUUGGCCUUGUGUUUUCGGUUAUUGUGGAAAACAGACUGAACCAGGUUUUUCUCUAGAAUUUUGACUGUGCUUAGCGCCAUUCUGUUUCUUGUUAUCAUUAACAACUCCCCCGUCCUUAACGAUUACAAACAUACCCAUAACGGCAGGGUAGCCUAGUGGUUAGAGCGUUGGACUAGUAACCGGAAGGUUGCGAGUUCAAACCCCUGAGCUGACAAGGUACAAAUCUGUCGUUCUGCCCCUGAACAGGCAGUUAACCCACUGUUCCUAGACUGUCAUUGAAAAUAAGAAUGUGUUCUUAACUGACUUGCCUGGUUAAAUAAAGGUAAAAAAAUAAAUAAAAAUAACAUGAUGCAGCCACUCUGCUUGAAAAUAUGGAGUGUUACUCAGUAAUGUGUUAUAUUGGAUUUGCCCCAGAUAAACAGUUCAUUGCUUUGCCACAUUUUUUUGCAGUUAUACUUUAGUGCCUUGUUAAGCACAUUUUACUUCUGAACUGGUUAAGCAUUGCCAUAACAUAGGGGUUGAAUACUUAUUGACUCAAGACAUUUCAGCUUUUCAUAUUUAUUUCAUUUCUAAGAAUUCAGGAAAAUACAAUUCCACUUUGACAUUAUGGAGUAUUGUAUGUAUGCCAUUGACCAAAAAAAUCUAAAUGUAAUCCAUUUUAAAUUCAGACUCUAACAAAGAAAAAGUGGUGUGAAUACUUUCUGAAGGCACUGUAACUACAGUAGGUUGUGUCCAACACAGAGGUUCCCUCCCUCACUUGCUGUCUGUCAGAGACUGAAGGGGUCUCACCCUUUCUCCAUAGGCUGUUCUGUUCUCUAAAGCUGACUUGAGCCUGACUUGAUACAACAAAAAAGCUGAUUUUUAAGCCUGACUUGAUACGACACAGGAAAAGAUAGGGUUACGGUCGAGCACAUCCUCCCGACCACAGCAUUGUUACUACUUUAAUGUUUAGUUUGAAUUUUUUUAAUGAACCAUUUCUCCGCUCAUGCCUCUCAAAUUUGAUAGUUCUUAAUCAAAUUGCUGUAUAGAUGUGAAUCACUAAACGCUUGGUUGACAGGGUGGGUUUUGGCCAAAUUGUAAUUGAAUUUGGAUAGGAAAUCAUUCCUUAAAUAUAUAAAUAUGUUGAUUUUGUUCUUUA